AUGCCAGAAGUUAAGAAUGACAGUGAUGUGUUGUAUUAUAAUACAUCUCAAGUUAAAGUUGGUGAAAUAGAAAGAUACAUAAUUACGUUUAAUUUAUAUGAGGGAGAUGUUAUACCUGAAGAUAUAUCAUUAGAAUCAUUAUGGGUGGAAGUAAAGAAUACUGAAGGGUUAUCUUAUAGAGCGGCAUAUCUGAUAGGUCCUUUCACUCUGUAUUGUGAUGUGAAAACAUCUAAUUAUCAUCAUUCUCAAAAGAUUAUUUCAUCUCUUGAUGAACCUAAGUACGAGCCAAAUUUACAACCACAGCAAACUUUCAAAGCAGAAUUAUCACUGCAUGAGAUUAAACGGCAAUAUGUAUGGAUUGUUGAUAUCGUUAGUCAAAUUAUUUUUACGUCGACUACACAAACUGGGUUUGAAAUCUCAAUAAAGAGACCACUGUGUCUAGUAGGUGGUGAAGUUGUUCCCUUAUCGGCGGAUAGUUUUAAUGUUAAUAGGUUGAAUACAUUGGAUAUUUGGAACCUUCCAUUACAGAUAUAUACAAAGCAAGAAAAGAAGCAUUUAGUUAUUUUAACCCAUGGGUUGCAUUCGAACACUACUUCAGAUAUGUCUUACAUCAUGGAACAAAUCUAUAAAACGCAAGUUAACUUUCCGAAUGAACAAAUAAUAGUAAAGGGUUUUACCAAAAAUGUCUGUCAAACUGAGAAAGGUGUGAAAUAUUUAGGGACUAAUUUAGCAAAAUAUAUCAUAGACGAAUUAUAUGAUCCUUCCGUUACUAAAAUAUCUUUCAUUGGACAUUCCCUCGGUGGUCUAAUACAAUCAUUUGCCAUUGCAUAUAUAGCUGUCAUUUAUCCAUGGUUUUUCGACAAGGUACAACCAAUAAAUUUUAUUACAUUGGCAUCUCCCUUACUUGGAAUUGUUACAGAUAACCCUAAAUAUAUUAACCUCCUUCUAUCAUUUGGUGUGAUAGGGAAAACAGGUCAAGAUUUAAAACUUGAAAGAGAUAACUCGACAACAGAACCUAAACUAGCUAACAAAUGCGAUAUUGAUAAUGACCCUCUUCUCUUUAAGUUACCAGGAGAUCCAUUGAACCAAGCCCUUCAACUUUUUAAAAGAAGAACUGUCUAUGCUAAUGCUAUUAAUGAUGGUUUGGUCCCACUUUACUCUUCUGCUUUACUAUAUCUUGAUUAUGAAAAUGUCACAGAUGAACUACGACUCGCCACAGAGUAUGAUGACCUUGAUGAUUCUGCAGAAAUAGAGUCUAUCCUUUCAGGCGAAGCUAUGAGCAGCAACUACUACGAUGAGAAUCUACAGGCUUUAAAAAAAACUUUUGUGUCUCCAAUUACUAAAAUUCUAAAUAUCUGGAAUCCACAGACUUAUUUAUCGAAAAAUUCAUCUAAGUUACCAAGGUUAUCCAUGUUUAAAAGUGCGACAUCAAUAUUAAUUCCUCCAUUACCAGAUAGAGAAUUUAUUCUUGAUCCAUCUACAAGAUCAAAGGUGAUUUUACAUGAUAGAAUUUACACAGAAGAGUAUAUUAACGAAAUUGAUAAAGAAUUUGAGAACCCUUAUUUAAACGAUACUAACAUGUUACUUAAAGCAUUCACAAUUGCAAGGGGUAAAGGUGGAGAUUUUGAACAGAAAUUAGAGGAAAGAAUAGCAAGAAUGUGGCAUAAGAAUCUUUCAUGGAGGAAAGUUGUCGUGGCCUUAAAACCAGAUGCCCAUAAUAAUAUACUUGUUAGGCGUAGAUUUGUUAAUGCACAUGGUUGGUUAGUAAUUGACCAUUUAAUUGAAAAUCAUUUUAUGGCUGAAGAGAAUAAUAUUGAGUUGGCUGCUUCCGAUGAGACUUAUAAAUCCAGUAUCAACAAUCACAUAGCAUCUACUGCCAAAAUAUUGGAUAUCACUAGUAAUAUAGAACCCAACAAAAAAUACUCAUGGUUAACAAGGAAGGAGGCUGAAAGUAUUUUUGAUGAGGGCCCUACUGGGAUGAUAUCUACAGUAAGUGAGAUGUUUGAUUCCUUUGCUAAAACAAGUCUUUCUGGAGAAAUUGACCGCAAUAAUAAUCAAAAUAAGAUAGUGCCAGAUAACACACUAUUUGGAGAUGGAAAUAGUGAUAUGAUACUGUGA